CCGUGAUCAAUUUCUACUGUAAAAAAAUACAGAUCUUUUUGUUGGCCCCACCAACAAUCAACACAAAAUCAACCUCACCUUUAAUCAAAAUUUCAAGAAUAUUAAUAUUUGAUAUCAAAACAUAAAGUUAGUAUCUUUUGCUUAUUUCUUUGGGAUUUCUUCAAGAUUUCCCCGAAUUUCACGUCUCUAUUUCGAAUUUGAUCUUGAUCUUUUCUUGUUGAUGGGUUAUUCUUUUCUUGACACUUUCUUGAUUAAAAAUUCAAAAAUUUAGCCUUUUUUGAGCUUUUGGCUCUCGGGUUUUGUCAAUUGUGUGGCAAUCAUUGGGGAUUAAUUGCAAAAACCCAUUUGGUAACAGUCGCAAUGUUAAAAUCUUGGAGGGCCCGUUUCACCGUUUUCACCAAGAACUGCGUAUAUUGUUGUUGUAGCAGAUGUACAUCGAAUUCGGAUGGGCAUCCUUCGUCUUCUGAUGGGCGGGCUUCGGAUGAUAAGGACUCUCCAUAUCAUGGCCAAGGGAAACAUAUAAUUGUAGAUAGGUCUGUGGAGCCUGUUCCAGUGCCUUCCCAUAAUUUUGAGUUGGAUUAUACGGUGCUCACACAACGGGGAUACUAUCCGGAUAUGUUGAAUAAGGAGAAUCAAGAUACUUUUUGUGUUAGGACUUGUAUGCAAGGGGAUCCUAAUGUGCAUUUCUUUGGAGUGUUUGAUGGGCAUGGUCAAACUGGAGGGCAAUGUGCGGAUUUUGUGAAGAGGAGGUUGGUUGAAAACUUGUUAAAGGAGUCUACUUUGGUGGAUGAUCCUGUUAAAGCCUAUAAUGCGGCGUUUUUGGCAACGAAUGAUGAACUACAUGAUAGUGAAAUAGAUGAUUCAAUGAGUGGUACAACAGCUAUUACUGUUCUUGUUGUUGGUGAUAUGCUUUAUGUGGCCAAUGUUGGUGAUUCAAGAGCUGUGAUUGCUGUAAAGAAAGGUAAUCAACUUGUUGCUGAAGAUUUAUCUUGUGAUCAGACACCCUUUCGGAAAGAUGAAUGUGAAAGAGUUAAGCUUGAGGGGGCCAGGGUUUUGAGUGUUGACCAAGUGGAAGGACUUAAGGAUCCAACUGUUCAAACGUGGGGUGAUGAGGAGACCGAGGGCAGUGACCCGCCAAGGUUGUGGGUUCAGAAUGCAAUGUAUCCUGGAACUGCCUUUACACGGAGUGUAGGGGAUAGUUUGGCUGAAAAGAUUGGCGUGUUUGCUGUCCCAGAGAUAAAGACUGUUAAGCUGACACCUGAUCAUCCAUUCUUUGUCGUGGCAAGUGAUGGUGUUUUUGAGUUUCUCUCUAGCCAAACUGUGGUCGAUAUGGUUGACAGAAAUCGUCAAGAUGCGUGUUAUACAAUAGCAAGAGAAUCAUACAAACUGUGGUUACAGCAUGAGAAUCGAACAGACGAUGUAACACUUAUCAUUGUACAUGUUGAAGGGUUAUCGAAUGUAUGAUACCUUGACUAUAUCUCCUGCUAAUCACUGGCUCCUUGCAUUCCAAGCCGAUAUACUGUAUUGGUGUCUUUUGAAUGAUGAAUGUAUGUCAAUUUUUUGGCAAUUACAGGAGGCUAACACUAAACACUUGGUUUCUAACUUUCAUGCUUAUCAGUAACUUUUAUGAAGGGUAAAUGUUCAAAAGUGAGCUGUUUGUUGUUC